AUGUCGGACAGAACAAUGAGACGGCAAGUACUGUUGUAUUCCUUGGCUCUUUAUGUCAGUUCAGUGCUCGGCCAAGUCAGCUACUCCAUCCCCGAGGAAAUGCCUAGUGGCUCUUUAGUCGGUAAUAUUGCUCAGGAUUUAGGUUUAGAUAUAAGACGUCUGAAAUCAGGUAAAGCUAGGGUUUAUACAGGGGACAGUGCGGGAUACAUCGAGCUAAAUAGAGAACGGGGGUUGCUCCUCAUUAAAGACAGAAUAGACAGAGAAGCGAUUUGUAGACAGACUACACCUUGUGCUUUACAUUUUCAGAUCAUUUUGGAGAGCCCAAUGGAGUUUUACAGUAUCACAGUCGAGAUUACAGAUAUCAAUGACAAUCCUCCGACCUUUGAAAAGAAUGAAGUCAGUUUUAAAAUCAGCGAAUCGGCUGUAAUUGGAGCAAAAUUUGCAUUAGAUAGAGCAAUAGAUCCAGACGUAGGCAAAAAUGGUCUUCAAAAAUACGAGCUUAAACCUACCGAUAAUUUUGUGCUUAAACGAAACAGUCAGGGUGAUGGAACAGAAAAGGUUGAAAUGGUUUUACAGAAACCUCUCGACAGAGAGAAGGAAGAGCUGAUAUCUUUGGUUUUAACGGCAUUUGAUGGAGGAGAACCGCAAAUGUCAGGAACAAUUCGGAUUUUCAUCACAGUGUUAGAUGUGAAUGAUAAUGCGCCUGUUUUUUCACAGUCCACUUACACAGCCACUGUUCUUGAAAAUGCUCCAGAAGGUACUGUUGUUACCAGUGUUAGUGCAUCAGAUGCAGAUCAUGGAACAAAUGGUAGAAUAAAAUACUCAAUUACAAACAGUUUAGAUCAAGCUCAUGUGCUGUUUCGGAUUAACGAAACCAACGGUGGAAUUAGAUUGAUUGGAAAAAUUGAUUAUGAAACUGCACGGAAUUAUCAUAUCAACAUACGUGCAAGUGAUGAUGGUGGACUUACAGAUUCAUGUAAAGUCAUAGUUGAAGUGGUAGAUAUAAACGACAACAAGCCAGCGAUUAAUAUGAUGUCAAAGUCAAAUAUGAUAUCUGAACACUCUAAACUAAACACUGUUGUUGCAAUGAUGAACGUUCAAGACCCAGAUUCAAAUGAAAACGGCAAGGUUCACUGUUUUAUCAGUGACAACACUCCCUUGACUAUAGUUUCAACAACGAAUAAUUUCUAUAGCCUCGUAACAGACAGUGAAUUAGACAGAGAGAGGGCAUCUGAGUAUAAUAUAACUGUGACCUGCGCUGAUGAGGGAGUGCCCGCCCUCUCCAGCAGCGUCACUCUCACCUUACAGAUCUCUGAUGUAAAUGAUAACGCACCUGUAUUUGAGAGGAGCUCAUAUGAGGCCUACAUUGUAGAAAACAACACACCAGGCCUCUCUAUAUUCACAGUGAAAGCCAGAGAUGCUGACUGGAACCAGAAUGCCCGUGUUUCUUACAUACUGGAGGACUCCUCUGUUAACGGAGUGCCAGUCUCCUCAUAUAUGUCCGUUAGUGCUGAUAGUGGCGUCAUCCAUGCAGUUCGUUCUUUUGACUACGAGCAGAUCAAAGAUUUCCAGUUCCGCGUCAAAGCGCAGGACGGAGGCUCCCCUCCACUCAGUAGCAAUGUAACUGUGAAGAUAAUGAUCCAGGACCAGAACGACAACCCCCCUCAGGUUCUGUACCCAGUCCAGACUGGUGGCUCUCUGGUGGCUGAAAUGGUUCCUCGUUCAGCAGAUGUGGGCUAUCUGGUGACUAAAGUGGUGGCUGUGGAUGUGGACUCUGGACAGAAUGCCUGGCUCUCCUAUAAACUGCAGAAAGCCACAGACAGGGCGCUGUUUGAAGUGGGCUUACAGAAUGGAGAAAUAAGAACUAUCCGCCAGGUGACUGAUAAAGAUGCUGUAAAACAAAGACUGACUGUUAUAGUGGAGGACAACGGGCAGCCCUCUCGUUCGGCUACAGUCAUUGUUAACGUGGCGGUGGCGGACAGCUUCCCUGAAGUGCUGUCAGAGUUCACUGACUUUACACACGACGAGGACUACAAUGACAACCUGACUUUUUACUUAGUGUUGGCUCUGGCUGUAGUUUCCUUCCUCUUCAUCACAUGUUUAGUGGUUAUUAUAUCAGUGAAAAUCUACAGAUGGAGACAGUCUCGCAUCCUGUAUCACUCCAAUCUCCCUGUGAUCCCAUAUUAUCCACCACGUUACUCAGACACUUUGGGGACAGGGACUCUCCAACAUGUGUACAAUUACGAGGUGUGCAGGACGACUGACUCCAGAAAGAGUGACUGUAAGUUCGGCAGAGCUGGUAGUCAAAACGUGCUGAUAAUGGACCCCAGUUCUACAGGGACGAUGCAGCGGAUACAGAGUGAAAAGAGCAUCCUGGAUGAAGCAGACUCUCCUCUAGAGGUUGGUUAUAUGGACAUGUCGGGCAGAACAAUGAAACGGCAAGUAUUGUUGUUGAUCUCCGCCUUCUGCCUCAGCUCUGUAAUCGGGCAGGUCAGCUACUCUAUUCCAGAGGAAAUGGCAAAAGGCUCUUUGGUCGGAAACAUCGCACACGAUUUAGGUUUAGAUGUCAAACGGCUUAAGUCAGGUAAAGCUCGUAUUUAUACAGGAGAUAAUUACCAGUAUAUCGAGCUGAAUAGAGAAAGAAGAGUCCUCCUUAUCAAAGAAAAAAUAGACCGCGAAGCGCUCUGCAGACAGACAACGCCUUGUGCUUUGCAUUUUCAAAUCACGUUAGAAAAUCCAUUGGAAUUAUUCCCGAUUACUGUAGAAAUCACCGAUAUUAAUGAUAAUUCUCCAGUAUUUCAAAAGGAGGAGAGGAGGUUCGAAAUAAGCGAGUCUGCAGUCAUCGGCUCUAAAUUCAUGCUAGAGAAAGCAAUUGACUCUGAUAUAGGACCCAAUGGUCUUCAGAGAUACACUCUAAAGCCGAGUGACAAUUUCAUGCUUAAACUGCAUAGUCAGUCUGAUGGGAGCAAAAAAGUAGAAAUGGUUUUACAAAAGCCUUUGGACCGAGAGAAACAAGAACACAUGUCUUUAGUUUUGACAGCCGAGGAUGGAGGAGAACCACAAAUGACCGGAACAAUGCAGAUUCAUGUUACUGUGUUGGAUGCUAACGACAAUGCCCCUGUUUUUACUAAACCCGUGUACAAAGCAAGCAUUACAGAGAACUCCGUAAUAGGAACACUCAUUACUAAAGUGAGUGCUUCUGAUGCAGACAAAGGCUCAAAUGGUGAGGUGACCUACGUGAUCGGGGAUAGCAUGGCUACUGUCUCGAAGUUAUUUCACAUUAGUAGUGAAGGCGAUGUGAUACUAGAUGGUGUUGUAGAUUAUGAAAAACAAAGAAUUUAUCACAUAGAUAUAGAGGCGAUUGACCAAGGUGGCCUAUCGGAUUCAAGUAAGAUAGUAAUUGAUGUAAUUGACGUGAACGACAAUAGCCCGACUGUAAAUAUGAUAUCAACAUCAGGUUCAGUUCCAGAGGAUUCAGCCCUCAAAACAGUAAUAGCUUUAUUAAGUGUAAAUGACCCUGACUCUGAAACUAAUGGGAAAGUCCACUGUGUAAUAAAUGAAAAUAUCCCAUUUGAAAUUAAAUUUACAUCCAAUAAUUUCUAUAGCAUAGUGACAGACGGUGAUUUAGACAGAGAGAGAGCCUCUGAGUAUAAUAUAACUGUGACCUGCUCUGAUGAGGGAGUGCCUUCCCUCUCUAGCAGCGUCACUCUCACCUUACAGAUCUCUGAUGUAAAUGAUAACGCACCUGUAUUUGAGAGGAGCUCAUAUGAGGCCUACAUUGUAGAAAACAACACACCAGGCCUCUCUAUAUUCACAGUGAGAGCCAAAGACGCUGACUGGAACCAGAAUGCCCGUGUUUCUUACAUACUGGAGGACUCCUCUGUUAACGGAGUGCCAGUCUCCUCAUAUGUGUCCGUUAGUGCUGAUAGUGGAGUCAUACAUGCAGUUCGUUCUUUUGACUACGAGCAGAUCAAAGAUUUCCAGUUCCGCGUCAAAGCGCAGGAUGGAGGCUCUCCUCCACUCAGUAGCAAUGUAACUGUGAAAAUGAUGAUCCAGGACCAGAAUGACAACCCGCCUCAGGUUCUGUAUCCUGUCCAGACUGGUGGCUCUCUGGUGGCUGAAAUGGUGACUCGUUCAGCAGAUGUGGGCUAUCUGGUGACUAAAGUGGUGGCUGUGGAUGUGGACUCUGGACAGAAUGCCUGGCUCUCCUAUAAACUGCAGAAAGCCACAGACAGGGCGCUGUUUGAAGUGGGCUUACAGAAUGGAGAAAUAAGAACUAUCCGCCAGGUGACUGAUAAAGAUGCUGUAAAACAAAGACUGACUGUUAUAGUGGAGGACAACGGGCAGCCCUCUCGUUCGGCUACAGUCAUUGUUAACGUGGCGGUGACGGACAGCUUUCCUGAAGUGCUGUCAGAGUUCACUGACUUUACUCACGACAAGGAGUACAAUGACAACCUGACUUUUUACUUAGUGUUGGCUCUGGCUGUAGUUUCCUUCCUCUUCAUCACGUGUUUAGUGGUUAUUAUAUCAGUGAAAAUCUACAGAUGGAGACAGUCUCGCAUCCUGUAUCACUCCAAUCUCCCUGUGAUUCCAUAUUAUCCACCACGUUACUCAGACAUUUUGGGUACAGGGACUCUCCAACACGUGUACAAUUAUGAGGUGUGCAGGACGACUGACUCCAGAAAGAGUGACUGUAAGUUCGGCAGAGCUGGUAGUCAAAACGUGCUGAUAAUGGACCCCAGUUCUACAGGGACGAUGCAGCGGAUACAGAGUGAAAAGAGCAUCCUGGAUGAACCAGACUCUCCUCCAGAGGUUAGAUUGAAAUUGGAAUAUCCCGGUAAAACAAUGAAACGGCAAGUACUGUUGUUCAUCUUGGUUCUCUUUCUAACCUCCGUGUUCGGGCAGGUUAGCUACUCUAUCCCUGAAGAGAUGGAAAAAGGCUCUUUAGUCUCUAAUGUAGCUCAUGAUUUAGGUUUGGAUUUGAAAAGGCUCAAAUCAGGAAGAGCUCGCAUUCAUUCGGGAGACAGUGCAGAAUUUAUCGAGCUGAAUAAGGAAAGGGGAGUCCUCCUUAUCAAAGAGAGAAUAGACAGAGAGAUGCUGUGCGGGGAAACAACGCCCUGCACUUUACAUUUACAGAUGAUUCUCGAAAAUCCAAUUGAACUGUUUCGCAUAACAGUCGAAAUCACAGAUAUAAACGACAAUGCUCCCAGCUUUACAUCCAGCGAGAAACGUUUUGAAAUCAGCGAGUCAGCCGUCAUUGGAUCUAAAUUUGUGCUGGAUAAAGCCGUUGAUGCUGACAUUGGUGCAAAUACUCUUCAAACCUAUUCGCUCAAACCAACAAACAAUUUUGCAUUACAACUAGAAAAUCAAGCAGACGGAAGUAAAAAGGUAGAGAUGGUUUUACAGAAGCCUUUAGAUCGAGAGCAACAUGAGCAAUUAUCACUGUUAUUAACUGCUCUAGACGGCGGACAGCCGCGUAUGUCAGGUACAAUGCAGAUAACAGUUCAUGUGUUAGAUGUAAACGACAAUGCACCGGUUUUCACUAAGUCAGUAUACAAAGCAACCAUAACAGAAAAUUCUACGAGGGGAACCAGUGUUAUAACUGUGCGUGCCUCUGAUAAAGAUUCAGGCUCUAAUGGAGAAAUAUCAUACGCAAUCUCAAAUAGCCAGCGUCGAUUGUCCGAACAAUUUCAAAUCGAUAGAAAAUCCGGAGUGGUUAUGUUGAUGGGUGAAAUAGAUUAUGAGAAAGCGAAGCUCAUCCAAAUAGAUAUUGAGGCUAUAGAUAACGGCGGACUCUCCGAUUCCAGUAAAAUCCUAAUUGACGUAAUUGAUGUAAAUGACAACAGUCCUCAACUCAAAAUACUUUCUAAAUCAGACAGCAUUUUAGAAGACUCUCCUGAAAAUACUGUAAUUUCUGUGCUAAGCGUAAAUGACCCUGACUCUGAGAGGAAUGGACAGGUCAAGUGUAAAAUUAAUGACGACAUUCCUUUCAAAAUACAAAACACAAUGAAUGGAUUUUAUAGUUUGGUUACAGAGAUAUCUUUGGAUAGAGAGCUUGCGUCCCAGUAUAAUAUAACUGUGACCUGCUCUGAUGAGGGAGUUCCCUCCCUUUCCAGCAGCGUCACUCUCACCUUACAGAUCUCUGAUGUAAAUGAUAACGCGCCUGUCUUUGAGAGGAGCUCAUAUGAGGCCUACAUUGUAGAAAACAACACACCAGGCCUCUCUAUAUUCACAGUCAAAGCCAGAGACGCUGACUGGAACCAAAAUGCCCGUGUUUCUUACAUACUGGAGGACUCCUCUGUUAACGGAGUGCCAGUCUCCUCAUAUGUGUCCGUUAGUGCUGAUAGUGGAGUCAUACAUGCAGUUCGCUCUUUUGACUACGAGCAAAUCAAAGAUUUCCAGGUCCACGUAAAGGCGCAGGAUGGAGGCUCCCCUCCACUCAGUAGCAAUUUGACAGUGAAAAUAAUGAUCCAGGACCAGAACGACAACCCCCCUCAGGUUCUGUACCCAGUGCAGACUGGUGGCUCUCUGGUGGCUGAAAUGGUUCCUCGUUCAGCAGAUAUGGGUUAUCUGGUGACUAAAGUGGUGGCUGUGGAUGUGGACUCUGGACAGAAUGCCUGGCUCUCUUAUAAAAUACAGAAAGCCACAGAGAGGGCGCUGUUUGAAGUGGGCUUACAGAAUGGAGAAAUAAGAACUAUCCGCCAGGUGACUGAUAAAGAUGCUGUGAAACAAAGAUUGACUGUUAUAGUGGAGGACAACGGGCAGCCCUCUCGUUCAGCUACAGUCAUUGUUAACGUGGCGGUGGCGGACAGCUUCCCUGAAGUGCUGUCAGAGUUCACUGACUUUACUCACGACAAGGAGUACAAUGACAAUCUGACUUUUUACUUAGUGUUGGCUCUGGCUGUAGUUUCCUUCCUUUUCGUCACGUGUUUAGUGGUUAUUAUAUCUGUGAAAAUCUACAGAUGGAGACAGUCUCGCAUCCUGUAUCACUCCAAUCUCCCUGUGAUUCCAUAUUAUCCACCACGUUACUCAGACACUUUGGGGACAGGGACUCUUCAACACGUGUACAAUUACGAGGUGUGCAGGACGACUGACUCCAGAAAGAGUGACUGUAAGUUCGGCAGAGCUGGUAGUCAGAACGUGCUGAUAAUGGACCCCAGUUCUACAGGAACAAUGCAGCGGAUACAGAGUGAAAAGAGCAUCCUGGAUGAACCAGACUCUCCUCUAGAGUUUGGUUCGACGGAGGUAUCUUACAGAACAAUGAGACGGCAAGUACUGUUGUUUUUCUCGGUCCUCUGCUUCAGUUCAGUGCUCGGACAGAUCAGCUACUCUAUUCCUGAGGAAAUGGCCAAAGGCUCGUUGGUCGGUAAUAUAGUUCAGGAUUUAGGUGUAGAUGUUAGACGAUUGCAAGCGGGCAAAGCUCGUAUUCACACGGGAAGUAGCGCAGAAUACAUUCAUCUUAACAAGGAAAAAGGACUCCUUAUUAUCAAAGAGAGAAUAGAUCGCGAAGCUCUUUGUGGCCAGACAACGCCUUGCGCUUUGCACUUUCAGAUUGCCUUAGAAAAUCCAAUAGAAAUAUUCCCGAUUACUGUCGAAAUCACCGAUAUUAAUGAUAAUGCUCCCGUAUUCGAAAAGGAAGAAAGGAGGUUUGAAAUAAGCGAGUCUGCAGUCAUUGGCUCUAAGUUCAUGCUAGAGAAAGCAAUAGACCCCGAUAUAGGACCGAAUGGUCUUCACAGCUAUACACUAAAGCCCAAUGAUAAUUUUAUACUUAAAUUACACAGUCAGUCUGAUGGUGGUAAAAAGGUUGAAAUGAUUUUACAGAAACCUCUGGACCGAGAGAAACAUGAGUUUGCAUCAUUGUUGCUAACAGCUGUAGAUGGAGGAGAACCACAGAGGUCUGGGACCAUGCAGAUUCAUAUCACAGUAUUAGAUGUUAAUGAUAAUUCUCCUGUAUUUACGCAAACUGUUUACAAAGCAAGUGUAAAAGAAAACUCCCCCACGGGAACACUCAUUACCAAAGUGAGUGCUUCUGAUGCAGACAAAGGCUCAAAUGGAGAGGUUAGUUACGUCAUUGGAAAUAGCAUGAGGAGCAUUUCAAAAUUAUUUCACAUUACUGAAGAUGGAGAUCUCAUUUUAAAUGGGCCAGUUGAUUACGAAAAAGCCAAAAAAUAUGAGAUCGAUAUAGAGGCAGUUGACCGAGGAGGUCUCUCUGAUUCCAGCAAAGUGAUCAUUGAUAUAGGUGACAUUAAUGACAAUAGUCCUGUCAUGAAUAUGAUUUCAACAUCACAUUCAAUAGGAGAAGAUUCGCGUUCAAACACUGUGGUAGCUGUAAUGAGUGUAAAUGAUCCUGAUUCUGAAGAAAAUGGGAAAAUCCGAUGUGCGAUGUGUAAAAACAUACCAUUUAUUAUAACAUCUUCAUCCAGUAACUUAUAUAGCAUAGUAACAGACAGUGAUUUGGACAGAGAGAGAUCCACUGAGUAUAAUAUAACUGUGACUUGCUCUGAUGAGGGAGUGCCCUCCCUCUCCAGCAGCGUCACUCUCACCUUACAGAUCUCUGAUGUAAAUGAUAACGCACCUGUAUUUGAGAGGAGCUCAUAUGAGGCCUACAUUGUAGAAAACAACACACCAGGCCUCUCUAUAUUCACAGUGAAAGCCAAAGACGCUGACUGGAACCAGAAUGCCCGUGUUUCUUACAUACUGGAGGACUCCUCUGUCAACGGAGUGCCAGUCUCCUCAUAUGUGUCCGUUAGUGCUGAUAGUGGAGUCAUCCAUGCAGUUCGCUCUUUUGACUACGAGCAAAUCAAAGAUUUCCAGUUCCGCGUAAAGGCGCAGGAUGGAGGCUCUCCUCCACUCAGUAGCAAUGUGACUGUGAAAAUAAUGAUCCAGGACCAGAACGACAACCCCCCUCAGGUUCUGUACCCAGUCCAGACUGGUGGCUCUCUAGUGGCUGAAAUGGUUCCUCGUUCAGCAGAUGUGGGCUAUCUGGUGACUAAAGUGGUGGCUGUGGAUAUGGACUCUGGACAGAAUGCCUGGCUCUCCUAUAAACUGCAGAAAGCCACAGACAGGGCGCUGUUUGAAGUGGGCUCACAGAAUGGAGAAAUAAGAACUAUCCGCCAGGUGACUGAUAAAGAUGCUGUGAAACAAAGACUGACUGUUAUAGUGGAGGACAACGGGCAGCCCUCUCGUUCAGCUACAGUCAUUGUUAACGUGGUGGUGGCGGACAGCUUCCCUGAAGUGCUGUCAGAGUUCACUGACUUUACUCACGACAAGGAGUACAAUGACAACCUGACUUUUUACUUAGUGUUGGCUCUGGCUGUAGUUUCCUUCCUCUUCAUCACGUGUUUAGUGGUUAUUAUAUCAGUGAAAAUCUACAGAUGGAGACAGUCUCGCAUCAUGUAUCACUCCAAUCUCCCUGUGAUUCCAUAUUAUCCACCACGUUACUCAGACACUUUGGGGACAGGGACUCUCCAACACGUGUACAAUUACGAGGUGUGCAUGACGACUGACUCCAGAAAGAGUGACUGUAAGUUCGGCAGAGCUGGUAGUCAAAACGUGCUGAUAAUGGACCCCAGUUCUACAGGGACGAUGCAGCGGAUACAGAGUGAAAAGAGCAUCCUGGAUGAACCAGACUCUCCUCUAGAGAUGAGGCGGCAAGUACUGCUGUGUAUUACAUUUCUCUCUCUCAGUUCAGUCCUCGGUCAGGUCAGCUACUCAGUCCCGGAGGAAAUGGAGAAAGGCUCUUUGGUUGGUAAUAUAGCUCAGGAUUUAGGUUUAGACGUCAAACGAUUGAGGCUGGGUAAUGCUCGUGUAUAUUCUGGUGAUAGCAAAGAAUACAUCGAGCUGAACAGCCAAAGAGGAGUCCUCCUUAUCAAAGAAAAAAUAGACCGAGAGACGUUAUGUGGCGAUACAAUGCCGUGUGCGGUGCAUUUUCAGAUUGUGUUGGAGAUUCCCAUGGAGUUUUACAGCGUAACAGUUGAAAUUACAGAUAUUAACGACAAUGCACCAACAUUUGAAAAAAAUGAAAUGAAAUUCACAAUUAGCGAGUCUGCAGUUGUUGGGGCAAAAUUUGAUUUAGAAAGAGCAGCGGAUCUGGAUGUAGGUACUAAUACUCUCCAAAGUUACGUACUUAAACCGACUGAUAAUUUUUUACUUAAACUGCACAGCCAAACAGAUGGUACGAAGAAUGUUGAAAUGGUGUUACAAAAACCUCUCGACAGAGAGAAAAAUGAGUUUAUUUCUUUGGUGUUAACGGCUGUAGAUGGAGGAGAGCCACAGAUGUCAGGAACAAUGCAGAUUCUCAUCACAGUGUUAGAUGCUAAUGAUAAUGCACCUGUUUUUACACAGCCGAUAUACAAAGGGACUAUAGAUGAAAAUGCAUUAAAAGGCACGACCGUGACUACUGUUAGUGCAUCUGAUGCUGAUCAAGGUUUAAAUGGUAAAAUAAUGUAUUCAAUCACCAAUACUUUAGAUGACGUCAGACAUAUGUUUGAAGUAGACGAGGACAACGGCGAGGUUAGAUUGAUUGGACGUUUGGAUUAUGAAAAGAAAAAACAUUUUCAGAUCAAUGUCCGCGCAAGGGAUAACGGGGGACUAACAGAUUCUUGUAAAGUGAUUGUCGAUGUCGUCGAUAUAAAUGACAAUGAACCAGCGAUUAAAAUAAUGUCUAAGUCAGCUGUUAUAUCAGAGAGUGCAAGCCCCAACACAGUCGUUACAAUGAUUAACAUCCAGGACCCAGACUCAGGAGAGAACGGUAAAGUUCAGUGUUUUAUAAGUGAUAAUAUUCCCUUCGUAUUGAAAUCGUCAUCAAAUAAUUUCUAUAGCCUCGUGACAGACAGUGAUCUGGACAGAGAGAAGUCAUCUGAGUAUAACAUUACUGUGACCUGCUCUGAUGAGGGAGUGCCCUCCCUCUCCAGCAGCGUCACUCUCACCUUACAGAUCUCUGAUGUGAAUGAUAACGCGCCUGUCUUUGAGAGGAGCGCAUAUGAGGCCUACAUUGUAGAAAACAACACACCAGGCCUCUCUAUAUUCACAGUGAAAGCCAGAGACGCUGACUGGAACCAGAAUGCCCGUGUUUCUUACAUACUGGAGGACUCCUCUGUUAACGGAGUGCCAGUCUCCUCAUAUGUGUCCGUUAGUGCUGAUAGUGGAGUCAUCCAUGCAAUUCGCUCUUUUGACUACGAACAGAUCAAAGAUUUCCAGUUCCGCGUCAAAGCACAGGAUGGAGGCUCUCCUCCACUCAGUAGCAAUGUAACUGUGAAAAUAAUGAUCCAGGACCAGAACGACAAUCCCCCUCAGGUUCUGUACCCAGUCCAGACUGGUGGCUCUGUGGUGGCUGAAAUGGUUCCUCGUUCAGCAGAUGUGGGCUAUCUGGUGACUAAAGUGGUGGCUGUGGAUGUGGACUCUGGUCAGAAUGCCUGGCUCUCCUAUAAACUGCAGAAAGCCACAGACAGGGCGCUGUUUGAAGUGGGCUUACAGAAUGGAGAAAUAAGAACUAUCCGCCAGGUGACUGAUAAAGAUGCUGUGAAACAAAGACUGACUGUUAUAGUGGAGGACAACGGGCAGCCCUCUCGUUCAGCUACAGUCAUUGUUAACGUGGCGGUGGCGGACAGCUUCCCUGACGUGCUGUCAGAGUUCACUGACUUUACACACGACAAAGAGUACAAUGACAACCUGACUUUUUACUUAGUGUUGGCUCUGGCUGUAGUUUCCUUCCUUUUCAUCACAUGUUUAGUGGUUAUUAUAUCAGUGAAAAUAUACAGAUGGAGGCAGUCUCGCAUCCUGUAUCACUCCAAUCUCCCUGUGAUUCCAUAUUAUCCACCACGUUACUCAGACACUUUGGGGACAGGGACUCUUCAACACGUGUACAAUUACGAGGUGUGCAGGACAACUGACUCCAGAAAGAGUGACUGUAAGUUCGGCAGAGCUGGUAGUCAAAACGUGUUGAUAAUGGACCCCAGUUCUACAGGGACGAUGCAGCGGAUACAGAGUGAAAAGAGCAUCCUGGAUGAACCUGACUCUCCUCUAGAGGUUGGUUAUUUGGGGUUAAUUUCAGUUGUAAAAUAA